UUGAACGCAGCAUUAAACCCCGCCCAGACGCCGUGACAACAGACGCCGCUCCUCCGACGCGCUGUCCAGGUGUACAGCGACUGAUAUUGCGGAGGUCUGCAUCGUUUUGGAGUCUCAUCAUUACCGCUGAACGGGAUGGCCUAACAGAGGGUGCUUUGUGUACCACCCCGGCUGCCACUUGGACGCGUGGAAUGCCGUUUCUGUUCCACCCGCAUGCCUCAGAAAUAAAGCGGGAGCAACCGCUGACAUGAACCCGUGCUCGGGGUUGAGAAUUUGAGCUGUUUGUUUGUAGCUCGAGUGGGAAAAAGCUAGCCGUUAGGCUAGUCAGACAGCUCACACCCGGCGGCGAUAUCGGAUUAGCUUGACCAUGGCCGGGCUCAUCAAGAAGCAGAUCCUGAAGCAUCUCUCCAGGUUUGCUAAGAACCUGUCGCCGGAUAAGAUCAACCUGAGCACGCUGAAGGGCGAGGGCCAGCUCACCAACCUGGAGCUGGACGAGGAGGUUCUUCAGAGCUUGCUGGACCUGCCCACCUGGCUGGCCAUCAACCGUGUGUUCUGCAACAAGGCUGCCAUCCGGAUACCGUGGACAAAGCUGAAGACUCACCCCAUCACUUUGACUCUGGAUAAAGUGGUGAUGGAGAUGAGUACUUGUGAUGAGCCCCGUCCACCAAAUGGCCCCUCUCCCAUAGCAACAGCUUCAGGACAGAGCGAGUAUGGCUUUGCUGAAAAAGUUGUAGAGGGGAUGUCUCUAUCCAUAAACUCCAUUGUCAUUCGGAUCAGUGCCAAGGCCUUUAACGCGUCCUUCGAGCUCUCCCAGCUGCAGGUCUACAGCGUCAACACCAGCUGGAGCAUCAGUGACCUGCGAUUCACUCGCAUCCAGGAUCCUCAGAGGGGAGAGAUCCUGACAUUUAAAGAGAUCAGUUGGCAGAUGAUCCGCAUCGAGGCUGACGCCAUCCAAAGCGCCGAGCACGAGAUGCUCAGCGCCCCCAUCCGUCUCAUCACCAACCAGUCCAAGAUCCGGGUCACUCUGAAGAGACGGAUAAAAGACUGUAACGUGGUGGCCUCCAAGCUGAUUCUCAUCCUGGACGACCUGCUGUGGGUGCUGACUGACUCCCAGCUUAAAGCUAUGGUGCAGUAUGCAAAAUCCCUCAGCGAGGCUAUGGAGAAGUCUGCACAGCAGAGGAAGAGCUUGGCCACAGAGGAUCAGGAGUCAUCGCCACCGCCUUCAGCCCAGCAGGUGCGCACCCAACAGGCGUCCACUGCUGCUGACCAGAGUGCCACCAUGGCUAAGCUGUUCAGUGCCUAUGACGUGUGCGAGACAUCCCACCACCUACAGAUCACACACCUAGACCUGCACAUCUGCGAUGACAUCCAUGCUAAGGACAAAGUCAACAAUAAGAGAAUAACUGGUGGGGCAAUGCAACUUUCCUUCAGCUCCAUCACUCUGGACUACUACCCUUUCCACCGAGCAGGUGACACCUGUGUUCACUGGAUGCACUACAGUGAAGCCACUAAAGCCAGAGAGGGCUGGGCAAGGAGCCUGCUGGAUGAGUUCAAAUCCAACGUGGAGAUGCUGAAGAGCGCCGUUCGGGACCAGCAAGCUCCGGCUGCCGCACACAGCUCCCCGCAGCAUGUGUCCCUUAGGGACGAUGUGUAUGGGCCUCUAGGAAGUCAGGAGAGAGCAGGAGGAGGAGUAGGGCUUAGGGAGGCAGAUGGAGGUCUCCUAGAGUGGAGCCUACAGACACAGCCUCCAGCCCAGUGCUGCUGGUGUCUAGAGCCAGGUAAGAUAAACACUUGCUCCUCCAGCACUUCCUUCAGCCCUCCUCCCCCCCAUACCUCGAAGACCCAGCUCAUGUCCAGCUCGUUUGUUCUCAGGAUGGCAGACUUCAACAUUUACCAGGUGUCAAUGGCCGACCAGCGUCGAUCCAGCCCAAAGACCAUGAUCUCCUGCAACAAGAAGUCCCUGUACCUUCCCCCAGAGAUGCCGGCCAUACACAUUGAAUUUACAGAAUACUACUUUCCAGACGGAAAAGACUACCCCAUCCCGUGUCCUAACCUGUACGCCCAGCUUAACGCUCUGCAGCUGGUUCUGGAUCCUCGCAGCCUGGUGUGGCUCAACCUCUUUGCCCUCGACCUCAGGCAAAGUCUGGAGCAGUUCAUGGAGAUCUACAAGCUGAAUGACUCACAGAAACCUGAUGAGCAUGUAGACAUCAAGGUUGACGGCCUCAUGCUGAAGGUACCUGUCCUACGGACUCCCGUUCGGAAUGCUUCUUCUGGUAUCUGUGCUUACCCGUUGGUCUGUGCUCUUUGUCAGCUGGUGGUUCCCACUGAUCGGGAUGCCUCCUGCCCUGCAGACCUGCCCCGCUCCAUCUCAAUUCAGACUUCAGAAAUGGUGGCCACAAACACCCGGCACCCUGCCAACUGCACGCGCUCCAACCUCGAGGCCCUGCUGCAAGCCUUUGAAGAGGAGCCCUUCUUCUCUUCCACCUUCUCCUCAUUUCCUCGUUCCUCCUCCUCCGUACCAGUCCUUCAUUCUGUCUUCCAACAGCACGCUCACGAACAAGACACCAAGAUGCACGACAUCUACCGGGGGCUGGAGCUGCCCACGAUGGGCACGGACGCCCUCAAGAUGCCCGCCGCUGCUGACUUUUGGUCUCUGCACUUUGCCCAGUUUUGGGUGGACUACGAAGGCACCCGUGGAGGUAAAGGGCGGCCGCAGCCUUUUGUGGACUCAUUCCCCCUCACUGCGUGGGCGUGUCAGCCGGCAAAGCUCUUGCAGCAUCAGGAGAGGCUGAGAGGGGCUGCCGGGCCUGGCCUAUCCAGAAGCACGUCAGGGGACGCUGUUGCACGUUUGCAGAGGAAGCGACUGUUAAAGGAAUAUUACAGCACGGAUGGGACACCACCAUCAUCCCACAGCAAUGAUGCAACACUGCCACCCAACAAUGGGCUCGACACAGCCCUUUCCCUGGACAGUCUGCCCUCGUCAUCAUCGAGUAAAGAUACAGAUGUGCAUGUUUUGGUGCAUGUGCAGAAGCACCUAAGUGCUCAGGUGAGCCAUCGGCAGUACGUGUUUCUGAUGCAGCUUCAGCGUAGCCUCAAAGCCCUGCAGCAGACGCUACAGCAGGACAUGGAUCAGCUGAUCUCCAAGAGAGACCGCAAGGAUGCGUCCCAGCGUGCUGCAGAUCACCGGCCCUUCACCGUCUGCCUGGGGCUGCUGCUCAAGAGUGCAGAGGUGUCCCUCCUCCUGAAGCCCGUUCCCCAGCCCGAAAGUUCAGGGUCUCCAGUAGGAUCUGAGCUCUCCCACUCCGAGAGCCGAGGAACCCUGGAGCCCGCGAGUGAUGCCGGCGACGGGGUAGAGAAGGGCACCGAUGGGCCCAGCUCAAAGGGAGGGGCAGCCAAGCAGCCUUGCACCGUAGACCAGCUGCUAUGUGGUGAAGGCAUGGAGGGUGGAGCUGCACAGGGCCUCGCUCUCCUCAUUCCCUCAUCCGCUUCGGCGCCGCAUGCCGACUCAGCCGAAGAAAGGACUCCAGUUAAGAAUGCUGGUAGAGGGAGUUUGGAUGAUGGGGGAGAGGGUGCAGUGGACGGCUUGGCUCAAGGUGAAGAAUUAGGAUCAGACUCCAAAGUGCAUGUCAGCGACCCUCUUUCUGACCCGCUCAGCGACAAGACUGCAACUGCGAAGAUGCCUCAGUCGAUAUCCAGGAAAGGAAGUUUGUCUGUGGUUUCUGAUCUGCUCAGCUCCUCAAACUCCAGCAGAUCCACCUCCCUUUAUUCCAUGUCCAACAUUGGUCGUUUGAUGCGUGACCGCUCCCAGUCCAGCUUCUCUGUGUCCUAUAAAAACAUGAAGAAAAGCCCUUCCCUGCAGUCUCUGGACAACAUCUCCAUUGACAGCUAUUUGAUGGAGGAUGGAGACACCUACAGCCUGCUGGAGAGAGACGAUGUGUCCAUCUCAGGCUUCAAGGACGCCAUCAGUGAACAGAGCACCACAGAGAGCGCGACAGAGGCGGUGACCGGUCAAGAGCCGGAGGGGGCCGCUUCCCCCGACAGUGUCAGCGCAGCUUCUCAGAGCAUUGACGAACCUACCAAAGAUAUUGUGUCUGUGCUGGUGCUGAAGGUGCAGUCGGUGUGUGUGGGCAUGGAGGCGGUGGGCGAGAGCACGGCGGUGGCUCUGGAGGUGGGCCGGGUCUCCCCCAACCAACUGGGCAACGUCAGCCUCCGACAGUACCUCAGCAACCGCAGCCUUGGUAUGGUGUGUUCAGUACCAAUACCUGCUCAGAGCAGCCAAGCUGGUGGUGAGAUGAACUCGGCGUCCAGCCGGGGCUUCCACAGUCCAGAGGUCCAGGCUUGCCUGGAAAGCGGGCCCUGUGCAGCCGCCCACUCCCCGCUGGCCGAGCGCAACGGCUUCCUGCAACUGCAUCUCCACGGAUACCAGACCAGCUUCCUGAUGUCCACGCUACGCAACCUCGCCCUUUUCCUGGAGGACGAGUCGACUCCACAGGUGCUGCCCAUGGAGAUCAGCAUCAGGGACAUGCACAUAGAUUUAAAGGACGAUGGCCCCCGGGACAAUCCCUCAGACUGCGAGCCCUCGCCGAUCACUCUCCACGUGGACAGUCUUGUAAUACACAGAGGAGACGAUGGGUCUUUUUCCAUUGGAGUGGACAGAGCAGCAGAGGCUAAACCCAAGAAGGCGGCUUCGUUGAUUGACGGCUGCCUGAGUCCAGUCCGUGAGGCUGUGAGCAGCGUCUGCAGGACGGCAAAGGCCACGCAGACUCAAGCCCCGCCCACCAGCCCACCGCCGUCCAGCAGGGAAAAGAUGCUAGUGGAGGAGAAUGAAUGUCUGAAGGUGGAGCUAUCCCGAGCCAAGAUGGCGCUGGCUGAGGCUCAGAUGGAGAAGGACUCACUGCUUCACCGCAUGAAGAACCUCAGAGUUAACACCAGCUAGACCCGGUCCCCCCACCCCCACCCCCACCCCCGCUGCUCCCGACAGUCAUUCAGCUCUGAGGGGCCGAGGUUUAGGGGAAAAAAAAAGUUUUUACUUCAGAGGCUCCAUUUUCACGCUUCUUUGAUGAGCACGACUUUAUACUUCAAAGCAAAGCAGAGUCUGCGUGAAGACACCGAAAAUACACAUUUGUACACACUUGUUGUUUUAUAUUCUUCACGUUGGAGUGGCAGGCUCGAUACAUGUGCAAGAUGGAAAGCGAUAAAUAAUACUAAGCAGGAAUCUGUGUGUCCGUGUGUCAAAAAAAUAAUGGAGAAGGAGAUCCAUAUUAUUAGUUGUGCCUACAGCAAACCCUUCCCUCACCAUUCCACGUUGUCUAAUUGGAAAUGUAAAACACACGGCUUAUCUCAGAUGAGCUUCAUGCAACCUUGUAGGUGAGACUGAAUGUCAUAUCUUAAAAGGAAUGUCUAAAAAAAGACGAGUCAUUUUGCACUGCACUGAGUUUUUUUGAAAAUUGAGUGCUUUCAUAAUCAGAGGGGGAGGAGACGAAUCAUGCUCCUGCUCAUCCUCCCAGCGUGUACAGUUUAUAUUGUACAUGAAUGUGAACACCUAACUCUUUUCUACAAAACCCUAAAUGGAUAUGCAGUGUUUCAGCUGAAUGUGUGUGUGUGUGUGUGUGUGUGUGUGUGUGUGU